UUGAUUCUGCCUUUAUGUGAUCCUACUGUAAUCCAUGUCAUCAAGUGUGAAUUAAUGGAAACAUUAAAAGUCAAAAAAAAAAAAAAAAACUAUAUAUAGAGGAUCUGAAUUCACUGUAAAAUCACACUCUAACAGUAAAAGACAUUGAAGAGCUAAAAUGGCACCACCACCAACAACAAAAAUCAUCUUUUUGACCCUCCUAGUGCAACUUUGCACCACCACCAUCUCCACCACUGUCGCGGCCAACACCACCAACGCCACAACCGGAACUGGAGGGAAAAUCCCCGCCAUUUUCAUCUUCGGUGACUCACUGCUCGACACGGGCACUAACACCUUCCUUCCAACUGGUGUCAGAGCCGACCACGCGCCCUACGGGGAAAAUUUCCCGAGACGAGUCCCGACAGGGAGGUUUUCGAAUGGAAGACUAAUGUCGGACAUGUUGGCCUCACACCUAGGAAUAAAAUACACAGUUCCAUCAUUCCUGGAACUGGGAUUGUCGAACGAGGACAUCGUAACAGGUGUUUGUUUUGCUUCGGCUGGAUCGGGAUACGAUGAUACGACGAAUGCGGCAGCGGGGAUAAUUCCGGUGUUGAGGCAGGUGGAUUACUUGAGGAUGUAUAUAACGAGGCUUCGUUCGUUUGUGGGAGCAGUACAAGCUAACCGUAAUUUGAACGAUGCUUUGGUUGUGGUUAGUUCGGGAAGUAACGACGUUACUGUCAGUUUCUAUGAUUCCCCAAAUAGGCCUGGUCUCUUCAUUGGUGCUUAUCAUGAUUUUCUUCUAAGUAGGCUUCAAACCUUUGUUCAGGAACUGUACGGUCAAGGGUUGCGUAAUAUGAUCAUAUUUGGGCUACCUCCAAUUGGAUGUUUUCCAGGUGAAAUCAGUGCCAAAUUCAGGAUUGACAGAUCAUGUGUGGAGAAUGAGAAUUCUGAUUCUGAAUCUUACAAUCAAAAGCUUGUUGCUCGCUUGGCUCAGUUACAGCCCUCUCUUCCUGGCACCAAACUUGUCUAUGGUGAUAUCUACACCCCUCUUUAUGAUAUGGUGAAAAAUCCCCUAAACUAUGGUUUUGAGGUAGUUGACAGAGGAUGUUGUGCAACUGGAUUUGUGGAAACAGGGCCUUUCUGCAGUAUUUCAACACCAGUGUGUCCGAACCCUGAUAAGUUUGUGUUCUUCGAUGCAGCUCAUCCUACUGAAGCAACCUACCGACAUGUCGCUCAGUCUCUACAGAAGCAAGCUCUUCCCCAGUUCUUGUGAGAUUGAAGGCAGCCGAUUAAAGCACUAGACUAACACACACACACACACACCCCACCCGA